UCCUCAAUUAUCCCUCCGCGUGAAGAUAGGUGGCGCGUGCUGCUCGAAGGUCUCGCGCCUGUUCCUGGUGCAGAAACCGGAGAAUCGGUGACGGGCUCCGGGAGGAGGACCAGACCGUUCAGCUGCAGACCGGGACGCACCGGGACCGGGACCGUCCUCGUACUUUAGGAGGUUCACGCGCAGCGGCACUUUUUUCUCUCCCUCGCUGCUUCUUUCCGGGAGGAAGCCCCGGACCCUCUCCGGUGGUCUCCGGUGGUCUCCGUCUCGCGGAGGAGGAGCAGCGGAUCCGGAUCAGGAGCCCAUGCGGACCGGAGCGAGUCCUCCAUGAAGCCGCACGUCAUGGCGGAGGGACCCCGCUGCAAGAGGCGCAAGCAGGCCAACCCGCGGAGGAAGAACGAGUUGACCUUUGAGGAUGUGGUGGAGACGAGUUCAGAGACCGACGAGGACGACCAUCCUCUGGUCCCCGAGGAGAACGGCCUGGUAAACGGAGACGGAGGAGGAGGAAGAGGAGGAGAGGAUGAGGAGGCGUGCAGUCCGGCCAGCGUGCCCCCUCUGGAGGCGUCGCCCCGGGUCGCCCAGGCCCUGCUGUCCUACCGGGACCAGGAGGUCUCAGAUGGACUCCAAGACCCCCAUCAGCACUGGAGAGGGGACACCAACAGAUACCCCAAUGACGAGUGUGAAGCUGGAAACAGAACAGGGUCAGUGAAGCGACCGCUGGAGUUGGACGACUUCUUCCUGAAACGCAAGCCGGAGGACGGAGACGGUCACCCGGCAACCAUCGCCCAGUACCUGCAGCGCAGCGACACCGCCGUCAUUUACCCAGAAGCCCCGGAGGAGGUGAAGCGCCCGGGCACCCCGGACGCCACCGACCAGGCCGAGAGCGAGCACGACCUGCCGCCCGGCGCCCCCGACGCCUUCGCCCAGAUGCUCACGUGUCCGUACUGCGAGCGCGGCUACAAGCGCCUGACGGCCCUGAAGGAGCACAUCAAGUACCAGCACGAGAGGAGCGAGGAGAGCGUCUGCUGCCCGCUGGGCGACGGCUUCGGCCACCGCGCCCAGCUGGAGCGUCACAUGACCACGCACAGACCGGCCGGAGACCAGCCGCCGCCGUUCAGCGACGCCGCCACAAACCGCAAGUUCAAAUGCAACGAGUGUGGAAAAGCCUUCAAGUACAAGCAUCACCUGAAGGAGCAUCUUCGCAUCCACAGCGGUGAGAAGCCGUACGAGUGCUCCAACUGUAAGAAGCGCUUCUCCCACUCCGGCUCCUACAGCUCCCACAUCAGCAGCAAGAAGUGCAUCGGCCUGAUCGGCAUCAACGGACGGGUGCGCAACGGCAACAACGGCAAACCCGGUUCCUCCUCCAACACCACGACCUCAUCGCCCGGAAGCCCCGCCCUCGCACAGCUCCGCCACAAACUGGAAAACGGGCGCCCGCACGCCCCUUCAGACCAACAUGGUCAACUGGACAUCAAACCUGAGCCAAUGGACUUCAACGAGUACCGGCUGCUGAUGGCUUCUCAGCACGGAUUUGGGGGAUCGGGUGUCUACCCGAACAGCCGUGGUGGAAGCCCCCUGGCCAUCCACAGCUCCUCCCAGAGCCCCCUUCAACACCUUGGAGGGCUGGGGCUGGACCAUCCUCUGCUGGGCUUCUCUGGUUCUUUCUGUAACAAUCUGAGCGAGGUGCAGAAGGUGCUUCAGAUAGUGGACAAUACAGUGUGCAGGCAGAAGAUGGAUGGGAACCCAGAGGAGAUCUCCAAGCUCAGGGCCUACAUGAAGGAGCUGGGGGCCCAGAUGGAGGAGCAGAGGCUGGUGCAGGCCGGUUUCCAGGUGGUGGGCGAUGGCAGCCCCACAAAGAGCAUCAUCGACUACACGCUGGAGAAGGUUAACGAGGCCAAGAGUCUGAUCCACGACUCUAAGAGGCAAGUGGACAUCAAGAAGGAGAAGCUGAACCACUCACCCGAGCUCAGCUGUGAGGAGAAAUCUCACGAUGGCCAGAAUCAGUUCCGACCAUUCUCUUGCCAGUACUGCAAGGAGACCUUCGCCGGGCCAAUCCCCCUGCAUCAACACGAGCGCUACCUGUGCAAAAUGAACGAGGAGAUCCAAGCGGUCCUGCAGCCGACGGACAGCAGUCCUGCCGGACGCUGCGGGACGAUGCCCACUGAGCUGUCCACUAGCGAGCAGGCCACCAAUCCCAUCAACCCCUUCAAGAACCACGUGUCGGUGCUCAAGGCCUACUUUGCCAUGAACACUGAGCCCAACUCAGAGGAACUGCUCAAGAUUUCGAUUGCUGUCGGCCUUCCUCAAGAGUUUGUCAAGGAGUGGUUUGCCCAGUGGAAGAACCAAAAACAUCACGAAAGUCAUCUGAGGAAGAAGUCACCCCCCCCUGAACGGGGCGGGCUGGAUGUUAACCACAGCUUUAGCCGGUCACAAGUGUCCCUUCCGACGGCAGAUUUACACCGAGGUUUCACUAACGGUGACGCCUCCCACAGACUCACAAAGGCCAACCAGUUUACAGGCAACAGGCAGAGAAAAGGGGACAAACCACUAGACCCCUUAGACCACUUGAGACGCAACACUCCAUCACCCCUCAACCUUUCCUCUACUUCCUCCAAAAACUCUCAGAGCAGCUGUUACACUCCAAACAGCCUGGCUUCUGAGGAGGCCCAUGGGGAUAUACCACUGGAUCUGUCGCUGCCCAAACUCAUGGCCCUAAAGCUCAUGUCUGCGCGGGAGAAGCAACCCAGGCUCAACGGUUUCAUCAUUGAGCGCAAUGGCGAGGCACUGCGUCGAGAACAGGUGUCCAGGCCCAUGGACCUGGUCAACAUCAAGAAAGAAGUCCUGUACUCCGACGGUGGAGGUAACUCUGUCCACCAGCUGGAGAAAAGCACCAGUCCCAUCUUUGGGAUUAAUCCCUUUUCUGGGGGUCCCGUCUACAACGCUCUGCCAUCUCACGGAGCGUUUCCUCCAGCCACCUUCAUGUCUCCUGCCCAGGCCACCAUCCCGGGCCUCAGGCCCUACCCGGGCCUUGACCCCAUGAGCUUCCUGCCUCACAUGGCCUACACCUAUGCCACCGAGGCAGCCACGUUUGCUGAAAUGCAGCAGAGGAGAAAGUACCAACGGAAACAAGGUUUCCAGGGAGAUCUGCUGGAUGGGACGGCGGACUAUCUGUCGGGCCUGGACGACCUGACAGACAGCGAUUCGCUGCUGUCCAAGAAGAAGAUGAAGAAGACUGAAAGUGGUAUGUACGCGUGUGACUUGUGCGACAAAACAUUCCAGAAGACCAGUUCCCUCCUAAGACACAAAUAUGAGCACACAGGGAAGCGCCCUCACCAGUGUCAGAUCUGUAAGAAGGCCUUCAAGCACAAGCACCACCUCAUCGAGCACUCGCGGCUGCACUCCGGGGAGAAACCCUACCAGUGCGACAAGUGCGGCAAACGCUUCUCCCACUCGGGCUCGUACUCGCAGCACAUGAACCACCGCUACUCGUACUGCAAGAGGGAGGCGGAGGAGCGCGAGGCGGCCGAGAGGGAGGCCCAGGGCGAGGCUGGGGGAGGAGCAGGAGGAGGAGGAGGAGGAGGUCUGGAGGAGCCCACCGAGGUGCUGAUGAGGAGGGCCUACCUUCAGGGGCUCGGACCGCUCGGGUACUCGGACCCAGAGGACCAGCGGGAGGACGGCGGUACGAUCACGAGGGACGAGGGAGGAAGACGGGAGGAGAGGGACGAAGACGAGACGUACGAGGAGGUGACAGACAGGCGGGAGGAAAGUUUCAGGGAAGGAGACGAGGUAGAGGAGGAGGAGGAGGAGGAGGAGGAGGAGGAAGAGGAAAGAGACAGCAAGAUCCAGAUGGACUCAACGAUGGACGACAAGGGCAGAGACACGACGCAGCUGAUGGACGUGAGCUCACGAGAAGGGAAGACGGACAGAAAGUCAGAGCCGGAGGACUGACGUCGAGACAGAGACACUCGCUGGCUUCCAAGGACUGAACACAAAUGAUUGAGGUUCAAACUCAGCAUCAACCCGGUGUGUUAGUCCCGGUAUCUGUCCACAAUGCCCUCUAUGACAUGUCCACAAUGCCCUCUAUGACAUGUCCACAAUGCCCUCUAUGACAUGUCCACAAUGCCCCCUAUGACACGUCCACAAUGCCCCCUAUGACACGUCCACAAUGCCCCCUAUGACAUGUCCACAAUGCCCCCUAUGACACGUCCACAAUGCCCCCUAUGACAUGUCCACAAUGCCCCCUAUGACAUGUCCACAAUGCCCUCUAUGACAUGUCCACAAUGCCCCCUAUGACAUGUCCACAAUGCCCUCUAUGACAUGUCCACAAUGCCCCCUAUGACAUGUCCACAAUGCCCCCUAUGACA